AUGGCAGCCGCAGUCAGUCAGUGUCUUGGCCAGGAGGAGGUCUUCAUCAGCCGGGCCACCAUUCAGCUACAGCCGCCACCGAUUGUCUACGAGUGGCAUACUCUCGUGCUGAACACGCCCACGGCCAGUCCACCACCGGCCUCUCCGCCCAGCUCGGCGGUGGCAGCCACGCCCAAGGGCAAUUACUAUACGCCCCCGAGGAUUUUGGGCACGGAGGCGCAGCGGAAGAAUCUGCACCAGACGCUGAGCAACUUUUACGAGGUGGAGCGGUACGCCAGUGCCUGGAAUCGCGUGACCAAGUAGAAGGCAUCUCCCCAGUAUCCCGGGGCCUAAUCGAUUAACCCAUUAAGCGCCCAAAAGCUGCAGGAGAGUGAAAUUCCAUUCCGUUGCCAAAAUUCCAAUUCAUGUUCCCCCGAAACUGCCGACCCGAAAUGGGCGUGGGGGAAAUGGAAAAGAAAGAAAUACUGGGCCUAGGCCAAACCCCUAUAUAUAUACGAUAAUAUAUAAACGUAGUGUAAGCAUCCCAUGAAUAUUUAUGUGCCCUAACCCUCCCUGAUAAUGCAAUAAAAGUAUUAUUUGACAGAUAAA